UCGGGGGGCAGGGGGAGGCGCGGCGGGAGCCGGGGUCCCGGCCGGCGGGGCGGCACGGAGCUCGCCGCCGUCGUUGGUGGUGCUGCUGUUGCUGCCGGGGAGGCGCGGGGCUCGGGCCGCUCUGGAUGGUGGUUAAAAUGAUCAUAGAAAACUUCGAGGCGCUGAAAUCCUGGCUCAGCAAAACGUUGGAGCCCAUAUGUGAUGCAGAUCCAUCUGCCCUAGCUAAAUAUGUUCUGGCUUUGGUGAAGAAGGAUAAAAGUGAAAAGGAGCUGAAAGCAUUGUGUGUUGAUCAGCUGGAUGUAUUUCUUCAGAAAGAAACUCAGAUAUUUGUGGAAAAACUGUUUGAUGCUGUGAAUACAAAAAGCUAUCUACCUCCACCAGAACAGCCAUCAUCAGGAAGUCUAAAAGUAGAGUUCUUUCAGCACCAGGAGAAAGAGACAAAAAAAGAAGAGAUAGUUAAAGAGGAAGAGCGAGAAAAGAAGUUCUCCAGAAGACUAAAUCACAGCCCUCCUCAGUCAAGUUCGCGCUACAGAGAUACCAGUAACAAUAGGCAAAAUUGCAUGUUUAGAAGCCGUGAUGAAAGGAAAAAAGAUGAACGUUCUCGGAAGAGAGAUUAUGACCGAAAUCCUCCCAGAAGAGAUUCCUACAGGGAUCGAUACAACAGAAGAAGAGGAAGGAGUCGAAGCUACAGCAGGAGUCGAAGUAGGAGUUGGAGUAAAGAGAGACUUCGGGACAGGGAUCGAGACCGGAGCAGAAGCCGAAGUAGAACACGAAGCAGAGGUACCAACAGUUGGUCUCUAAAAUACGAAAGGGAUUUGGGAAAGCCAAAAUAUGAUAUGGAUAGAACAGAUCCAUUAGAAAACAAUUAUACUCCAGUUUCUUCUGUAACAAAUAUUUCAUCUGGCCACUAUCCUGUCCCUACACUGAGCAGCACUAUUACUGUUAUUGCUCCUGCUCAUCAUGGAAAUAACACUACUGAAAGCUGGUCAGAAUUCCAUGAAGAGCAGCUGGACCACAACUCCUAUGGAAGACCUCCACUGCCAAAGAAGCGCUGUAGAGAUUAUGACGAAAAGGGUUUCUGUAUGAGAGGAGACAUGUGCCCUUUUGAUCAUGGAAGCGAUCCAGUAGUGGUAGAAGAUGUGAAUCUUCCUGGCAUUCUGCCUUUUCCAGCACAACCCCCUGUUGUUGAAGGACCACCUCCUCCUGGACUUCCUCCCCCUCCACCAAUUCUGAGUCCUCCUCCUGUUAACCUUAGACCUCCAGUACCACCACCAGGCCCCUUACCACCUAGCCUUCCACCUGUAACAGGACCACCCCCUCCACUUCCCCCACUGCAGCCUGCUGGCAUGGAUGCUCCCCCAAAUUCAGCAACUAGUUCAGUUCCUACUGUUGUUACAACGGGUAUUCAUCACCAGCCGCCUCCUGCUCCACCCUCUCUUUUUACAGCAGGUGUAGUACUGAGGCUUUGCCCACAAGAAACGUACGACACAGAUGGCUAUAAUCCAGAAGCUCCAAGUAUAACAAACACUUCCAGACCUAUGUAUAGACAUAGAGUACAUGCUCAAAGACCAAAUUUGAUAGGACUCACAUCAGGUGAUAUGGAUCUGCCACCCAGAGAAAAACCUCCUAAUAAAAGCAGUAUGAGAAUAGUAGUAGAUGCUGAAUCCAGGAAAAGAACAAUUGGUGCAGGUGAUGGUGGAGUUCCUACGAAGAAGACUUGGUUUGACAAGCAAAAUUUUAACAGAACAAAUAGUCCAGGUUUCCAGAAGAAGGUACAGUUUGGAAAUGAAAACACAAAACUUGAAUUGAGGAAAGUUCCUCCAGAACUUAACAAUAUCAGCAAGCUUAAUGAGCACUUCAGCAAAUUUGGAAAUUUGGUCAACUUACAGGUUGCAUAUCAAGGUGAUCCAGAAGGUGCCCUUAUUCAGUUUGCCACACAUGAGGAAGCCAAGAAAGCGAUAUCAAGUACAGAAGCAGUAUUAAAUAAUCGUUUUAUCAAAGUCUACUGGCAUCGAGAAGGAAGUGUACCGCAAAUCCAAACGACUCCACAGAAGGUAAUACAGCCCUUAGUUCAACAACCGAGUUUACCAGUAGUGAAACAAUCAGUCAAGGAGCGAUUAGGUCCAGUACCUGCAAGUAAUAUUGAACCUACGGAAGCACAGAGUGCCAAUACAGAAGUCACUCAGAAUGUGACUAAAUUAUCUGUGAAGGAUAGACUGGGUUUUGUGUCAAAGCCAGUUACUCCAGCAACUGAAAAGGUUUUAUCCACUUCUACUGGCUUGACAAAAACUGUGUACAACCCUGCUGCUUUGAAGGCAGCACAGAAAUCUUUGCCUGUUGUUUCCACUUCCGUGCUAGACUCUAAUGAAGCACAGAAGAAAAAACAGGAAGCACUGCGACUUCAACAAGAUGUGAGAAAAAAGAAGCAAGAAAUCUUAGAGAAGCACAUUGAAACACAAAAGAUGCUGAUUUCAAAGCUUGAGAAAAAUAAAGCCAUGAAGUCAGAAGACAAAGCAGAAAUCAUGAAAACACUGGAGAUUCUAACUAACAGCAUUACCAAGUUAAAAGAUGAAUUAAAAGGUGUAUCAUCAGGAGGAGGGACUCCUCUAAAAAGCAUGAAAACUAAGACUCAGAUGCAGAAAGAGUUACUAGAUACUGAACUGGAUUUAUACAAGAAGAUGCAAGCUGGGGAGGAAGUUACUGAAUUAAGACGGAAAUACACAGAGCUGCAGCUGGAAGCUGCCAAACGAGGAAUUCUUUCUUCAGUUCGUGGUAGAGGGGUCCAUGCAAGAGGUCGAGGUGCAUCACGUAGCAGAGGUAGAGGAAUACGUGGACGGGGUCGAGGCAGAGGAGUUCCUGUACAUGCUGUUGUGGAUCAUCGACCAAGGGCAUUAGAAAUUUCUGCGUUUACGGAAAGUGAUAGAGAAGAUCUUCUUCCUCAUUUUGCGCAAUACGGUGAAAUUGAAGAUUGCCAGAUAGAUGACUCUUCGCUCCAUGCGGUGAUUACCUUUAAAACAAGAGCAGAAGCUGAAGCUGCUGCAAUCCAUGGGUCUCGGUUUAAAGGACAGGAGUUAAAGUUGGCAUGGAACAAGCCUGUUGCUAGUAUGUCAGCUGUUGAAACAGAAGAAGCUGAGCCUGAUGAAGAAGAAUUUCAGGAAGAAUCUUUGGUGGAUGACUCACUUCUUCAAGAUGAUGACGAAGAGGAGGAGGAUAAUGAAUCUCGUUCAUGGAGAAGAUGAUUCAACUGACCGAUGACAGUGCUAGAACUGCACCUGUGUUGCAUUAGUAUUACCUAAUGUACUUCUGCAUCUUUGUAUUAAAAGGGGUUUUGUGAUGAAGUUGAAUUCGGAUAUAGACUAAAAAGAAGCUGAUCAGUUACACGUUUUGAGAGAUUGAUGUUUGAGUUACAUUUCAGUAAAUGGUUGCUAAAGACAUCAUACUAGGAACAUAUGCAAUGUUUUUAUUACAUAGUUCUACAGAAAGUUACAGAAUUCUUUGGGUUCUUUGUAAUUUACUGAAUUGGUCAAGCACAAAUGACCAGAAGUUGUUAUAACAUAGAUAAUUUUUGUUCUAUUCCAGAUACGGAAUGAAAAUUUGCAUUUAAAAUCUUUGUGAAUGUUUUCAGAAAUGAAUAGAUAACAGUACUAAACUGAAGUCUCUAAAGUUAUGUAUUCAUAAUAUUGCAUAGUAGUAUGCUUAGGCUUUACUAUGUACUAGCCUUUUGUUGGAUUUGUGUACGUAUUUUACCUAUGGGUUUUAAUGAUAAAGUGUAUGACUGCUUUGCAUAUAAGUCCUUAUGACUUUAAGAUGUUAAAAAAUAAAUAAAUGGAAUGGUCUUCAAAAAAAAAAAAAAGAAAAAGAAAAAAAAAGCAAUAACCAAAAAAGAUAAGGCAAUGGUCCUUCAUAACGGAAAAAAAAAAAAAAAAGAAAAGAAAAGAAAAAAAAAAAAGAAAAGAAAAAAGACCAUUUCAAAUGGCAACCCCACCCCCAUACUCACAAAAAGAGCUCUAAUCACUUUCAUAUUAAAAUAGUAUUGAAUAUAAAAGAAAAAUCUCAAAAUAAUGAAGUUUCAUUUAAUUUAACUCACAUAUGUACUCUGUCACAUACAAAGUUUUGAACAUCUUCUGAAUUUUAAAGCUGUUUUAAGUCAAACUUUAAGUAGAAUAACAAUUUGAUAGUAAGGAAUUUAUUCUUUAUCCUGCACUGUAGAACUGCAGAAGAAAAUUUAGUCCCACAAAAACGUGUACAGCUUGUUAUGUAGUUUAGGAUGAUAAGAGUGUGAGAAGUGGGAUAUUUGGCAAGAACGAUUCUAAAAAUUAUGAUCACACAUUAAUACAUAUGUUUUUUUUUAAAUCUCUCUGUAGUUCUAUCAUGAUGUUUUUUUAAGUAGUAUUUGCAGAUAGCAAGUUCAUACUGUAUUGUAUUUUGGUCAUGUGAAAAUGUACAUACAUGAAAUGUACACUAUAGAAAUACUUAAUUGGCUGCAGGAGGGCAUUGUGUUGUGCGGGAUCUGAAGCUUCUCCUUCCUUUAGGAAGGGGAACUUACUAGAUUUUUGCACUAGUAGACUUUCCUUUUGGUGCCAUUCUGCUGCUUGCAAAAGGAAAAGCAUUUGUUAAACACUAGUUCUUGUUUAUUUCCAUUGACUCGUUCAUGAAUACAAUGUAAAAUCUUAUCUGACAAAGAAAUGCAGGAAAUAGUAUUGCAGUCUAUUUUCUUCAGUCUUUGUGUUUCUGUGUUUUGGAGGGGAGGUGAGGGAGAGCUGCACCUCUUCCCCUCCCCUUUUUUAAAAAUUCCAUAAUAGGAGCAGAGGUAAUUAGAAAUAGUAUCCCAGAGAGAAGAGGUCUCACUGUAGAGGUUUUAUUCCACAGUUUUUAGAUGUUGGAGGCUUUUCUGAGGCCUUAAUCCUAUUUCUUUUUAUAUUCCUAUGUGUAUGCAGAUCUUCCUGCAAACAUAGGCACUAAAUUUUUUUGUACAGACCUAGUUUCACAUUGAAAUACCACACUUGACUGCCAUGCUUGUUACAGUAAAUUCAAAAUCUUGCCUUAGCAAACUGCAUUUGAAAAAUUAGUUUCUUUUUACACUGAAUUUAAGGCAAAAUAAAAUAUUUUAAGAACUUUUUUAUACAAUGAGCACUUCCAGUUCACUGAGUUAAAUACAAGCGUUUCUACUUUUCUUUGUUAAUAAUUUAGUGCAUUUGAAGACUGCCAGAUUGUCAGUCCAGAAGGUGGAAUUUUUUAGUAUGUUCUCAUGCAGAACAGUUCUGCAAGUGGAUUUUCCUAGUCUGAAACACCAGGAACACUGGUUUUUCCCAGAACGCUUUUCCAAAUUUCUUUGGAUAAUAAGGUAAACACUUAAGAAAGUAUUUUCUGUUCCAGCUAGGUGGUGAAGUACUUGAAUAGAUUGUGUUCUAAUAUGUAGUUAAAUGGCAAUAUAGUAGUAAGCCACAUUUGGUUAAAUUACAGAAAAUGUUAUGUAGUGGGAGUCAGUAAGUCAGUGUUACUGUCUGUAAAGCAGUAAAACAGCAAGAAUGCCUCUUUCAAGCAUUACUUAUUACCAGUGUUGUAGUUAUUUUUCUCUUAUGAGUUUUCCAAUUUGAAAUAAAUGAGUUAUAUUACCAGAACACGAAGGCAAAUGAUUGACUUGCCAACCAAGUCGUAGCAAGUCUACUUCUGAAGCAGAAAAAGAACUGAUUGAAAAGUACUAGUACAACUUUAGGCAUUUAAAAUAGGCUUAUUUUCUAAAGAAUUCUGAAGACAGUCUCUCUUAACUAGACAAAGGCUCCAAAAAUACUAUUCAGUUAACUUAGGUGUCUGAUAGCAGUACGGCAUAAUUUUGCCUAACUUAGAAGGUUCAUUUUUGUUGCUGACCAUCUACUCUGCAGAGAUCCCCAGACUAGGCAAGAUUACUAUUUUUGUUGGCUGUUGAAUAGCUUUUAAUAACCAUAAGUUUGUCUGAUUUGUUUUAUUUACUUAUUUAGAUGCAGUGGACACAGUUCUAAUUGUCAGUUGUCUCAUAAACAUAAAAGAUAGUUGUGCAAGAAAUUUUGAUUCAAAGUAAUUGUUUUGAAUGGAAGCAUCUUAUGUCCCCUGUAUUAUUUUUUUUUUAAUGUGGAAUUCUCAACAAGGAGGUCUCACAAAAUGCACAGCAAAGGCAUGCUCUUUUUUUUUUUUUUUUCUUUUCCAACUGACUUGGAACACUGUUGUACCAAUACCCAACAUAACAUAAAGAAACAUCAGUGACACUUUUUUUUAAAAAAAAAAAUUUUUUUUUUUUUUUUUUGUAAUUCAGCAUUGUUCUAAUAUUACAAUAGGUUUGGUCAGAUUUAAUCUUGUGCUGCUUAGAUUUCAUUGUGAUUUAUAAGUUUAAAUUAACAAAAUUAGGAAAACUGAAACAAAUAGCAGAAAUCUGAGAUUUUAUUGGAGAAAAAAAAAGUAAUGGAUUUAAUUAUCAAAGUGAACAGUAUUGAUGGUUCUUCAUCAUUUUGUCGUAGGUGGAGCUGUUUCGUACUGCUCUAGCGUACAGCACUCGGGUACUUGUCAUUCUUAAUCAAGAUUUCACAAAGAAAAAAAUAAAUCUGUUUUUCCAUUGAGGCAGUAUAAUUGUAAACUAAUUUUUUGGUGAAAAAGACUGGUAGUUUUUGUGGACUUGUGUAGACCUUUGCAAAUCCCCCAGUGUCUUCUUCGCAUAGUAGCCUAAAUACUGUUUUAUAAAUAAUUAUUUUCAUUUUUUAUAUUAAAGUAUUUGCAUAUAUUAUUAUGAACUUCUUUGAAUCUGUAGGUAUCAAAAAUAGAUAUAACAGAAAUAGACUACACAUUUCAGUCUUUAUUUGAAUUCUCUUUAGAUCUAUGUGGGCUGCUGAUGAGUGGGAUUUCAAGAACGUACUACUACACGAGGACAUUUUCUUUAGUUUUUUUUUCUAAUAGAUCAUUUUUUGAAAAUUUCUUCUACGUGUGUUCUUGAUAAAAUUCACCUGGAUGUUGCUUUUCUUUACUCAUAUGACGAAAGAUUAAUUUCCUUCUUAUAGAAUCAUAGAAUCACAAGGUUGGAAACGACCUACAAGAUCAUCCAGUCCAACCAUCUCAUCACCAUUGCCACCACUAAUACUAAACCAUAUCACGCAGCACGUCAUCCAGAUGCCUCCUGAACACUGAGACGCCUCUUGAACACUGAAAUUAUUGUAAGCUUGUAAUGCUGAGAUCAAUUUUGUAUUUGAAAAUGAACUAAUCUAACUUUUUAAUAGUAUUUUUGAGUUUGAAAACUUGAAUUCUAGGAUCAGCCUUGGAAUCUCUGUUAAUUCAGUUUCUUAACUUUCUCUAGCAAGGACUGCAAUAUUGAGUUCAACAAAUCUGUCUGUGCUAGUUGAUGAACAAGAUUUUAGUAUUUCUCAGGAAAUGGGAGGGAAACUGUGGGGCAUGUACACUUCAAAAGCCAUUUUUUAAUAAGCAUCUACAGUAGACAUGUUUUUGUUUGUUUGUUGUCAUGGUUUUGUAAUUUUGCUAUCUGUAUUUCACAUCAUAACAUCAUGUAAAGCAAGGAUAAUUAAAGAGUUAAUAAUCCAGUUCUGUGGACUGACAACUUUUCGGAUACCUGAUUCUCAGAACAGAAGAAGAACUACAUAUCCCAGAGGACUUCACGGUUAGAGAGGAAGAUAAGUCAUAGGAGGAAGUCACAGGAUCUCACUCUUUGUCUGGAGCUCUCUCUCGCUCACUGUCUGGCAGUGUGUGUGGGUGUGCUUCCAAGCCGUGUGCUCCCUGUUCCAAGUAGGCCUUUUGGUUUUGAAUACUCUCUUAUUUUCGUUGAUUCUUAUUUUCUUUGGUUUCUUAUUUUCUUUAAUUUAUUAGCCUCAAUUUAAAUUAGAAUGUAUUAUAUUGUGUUACCUUGCAUUCCGAUAUCAUAUUUAGUAAAAUUAAGUUUUCCUCUUUA